AAACAGGCCAUUAGUUACACUCGUAUACAAUCGGGGAGAGAUUCCAAAUCCACCGCGCUAAGCUCAAAGACGAAAGAGCAAAAAAAAAAGGAGGAUAAAAUCCACAAGAAACCAGAUAAGAAACCAAUUAAGUAAUAAAUUCCAAUGGCGGGCGAGCUCGACCCAUUCAUGGAAACCCAGAUCCCCCACCAAAAAUUCAUCACCGACAUCCUUUUCCCUUCAGUCAUCACCCCAAACCCAUCAUCAAGCCUCAACCUCCACCAAUUCACAGACUCCAUCAAAGCCCACAAAGCCCGGUUCGAGAACCUCCUCCAUCGGACCGGGGCGGUUCUAUUCAGAGGGUUCCCUGUCCGAACCGCGUCCGACUUCGACCGGACCGUCGAGGCUUUCGGGUUCGGGUUCGAGGAGUUGCCUUACGUGGGCGGUGCGGCUCCUAGGUCGAACGUUGUGGGUCGGGUUUUUACUGCUAACGAAUCACCGCCCGACCAGAAGAUCCCAUUUCACCACGAGAUGGCUCAGGUUCCCAAGUACCCAUCAAAACUGUUUUUCUUUUGCGAGGAGGAACCAAGAAGUGGAGGGGAAACUCCUAUAGUUCUAAGCCAUUAUGUUUAUGAGAGGAUGAAGGAAAAACACCUAGAAUUUGUGGAGAAGCUUGAAAAGCUUGGCUUGAUCUAUACGAGAAUAUUGGGGGAAGGAGAUGACCCUUCUUCUCCUAUUGGCCGUGGCUGGCAAUCGACAUUUUUAACAAAAGAUAAGAGUACAGCAGAGGAAAGGGCUGCAAAAUUGGGUAUGAAGUUGGAAUGGACAGAAGAUGGGGUUAAAACAAUAAUGGGCCCGAUACCAGCCAUUAAAUACGACGAAAGUAGGGGGAGGAAAAUAUGGUUUAAUAGCAUGGUGGCUGCUUACACUGGCUGGAAAGAUGCUAGAAAUGAUCCCGUGAAGGCUGUAACUUUUGGAGAUGGAACACCUUUGCCUCCAGAUGUUAUAGAAGAUUGCUUGAAAAUCCUCGAAGAAAAAUCAGUUGCCAUACCUUGGAAGCAGGGUGAUAUUCUUCUGUUGGACAAUUUGGCUGUUCUUCAUUCAAGAAGAUCAUUUGAACCUCCUAGACGUAUUCUCGCUUCACUUUGUGUAUAAUUGUCUACUAAAUGAGUAAACGCGAGCUGGUUCGCCACUCCACAGUGUUGGCUAGCCAUUAUCGACAUAUCCAAGCCAUCGGCUAUGAUCUAGGUAUGUUGAUGAUUUAGGCACCACAUCAUUAACAUUCCAGCCAACACUAUGGAGAAAGACCAGCCUUCGUUUUACUCUGACUAAAUUUUAACUUCAGUUGUAAAAUCUGCCUCGUUAUGAAUCAAAACUCUGAAGAGAUGUGUACAAAAAGAAAAUAAGAUGCGGAGCAUACCCGGUCUUAUGUUGUUAUACCGCAACUAAGAACCUUAUGUGCCGAAGAUAUUUGUAAUUUGUAUGUCAGUUGUUCUAGGCGUCUGUUUUAAAGAGUUGAGGAAUCAUGUCUUUCGAAGUGGAGCUAUAAACAAUGUAAAAUCUCUGGUUAUUCA